UCUUCUUUUAUGCCGCAAAACCAAAUACAACACCUUUCUCACUCUUGCUCUCUAUCACUCUUUUCUACUUCUCGCAAUACUCUGCCUAUCCUAUCAAAAUUUUCCUCAGAAACCCUAAACAACACAUUGCAAAUAAAAAUGAGAACCGACAUAGAAAGCCUUUGGGUUUUUGCAUUAGCUUCAAAAUGCAAAUCUUUCACCUCCAUAAGCUCUUUAUGCUUUAUUCUCUUUUUUCUUCUCCUCUGGCUAGUCAUGAACAUCGUUUACUGGUCUCACCCUGGUGGCCCUGCUUGGGGAAAAUAUAAAUGGAGGAAAAAUUCCUGUUUAGCUUUAUUUCAUAAUAAUAAUAAUAAUAAUAACAACAACAACAUACCUGGUCCUAGAGGAUUUCCGAUCAUAGGAAGCAUGAACAUCAUGGCUGGUCUAGCACACCGCAAAAUAGCAGCAAUAGCCGAAUCUUGCCAAGCCAAACGUCUCAUGUCCUUAAGCCUAGGCGAAACCAGAGUUAUCGUCACGUGUAAUCCAGACGUAGCUAAAGAGAUACUGAACAGUUCAGUUUUCGCUGAUCGUCCUGUAAAAGAAUCAGCAUAUAGCCUAAUGUUCAACAGAGCAAUUGGUUUCGCCCCUUACGGUGUCUACUGGCGAACGCUUCGAAAAAUUGCUGCUACUCACUUGUUCUGUCCCAAGCAAAUUAAAGCCUCGGAAGCACAACGAUCCCAAAUUGCUAAACAGAUGGUUACAAUGUUCAAAUUAGGCGGACGUGAUGUUGUCAAAGUUAGGGACGCCUUGAAAUUGGCUUCUUUAAACAACAUGAUGUGUUCUGUUUUCGGGAGGAUGUAUAGUCUUGAAUCUUGUAAUUCAGAAACAGCGGAGCUUGGAAAAUUGGUUGAUGAAGGUUAUGAGCUUUUGGGCAUGCUGAAUUGGUCUGAUCACUUGCCUUUACUAGCUGAGUUUGAUCCACAGAAAAUACGGCUCAGGUGCUCUAGGUUGGUGCCUAAAGUGAAUAAGUUUGUUAGCAGGAUCAUAACCGAACACAGGGCGCAAUCAGGUGCUGAUGUUGAACCUGAUUUUGUGCAUGUCUUGCUCUCUCUUCAAGGUUCUGAAAGAUUAUCAGAUUCCGACAUGAUCGCUGUUCUUUGGGAAAUGAUAUUCAGGGGCACUGAUACGGUUGCUGUAUUAAUUGAGUGGAUAUUAGCAAGGAUGGUACUUCAUCCUCAGGUUCAAUCAAAGGUCCAAACUGAGUUGGAUCGGGUCGUCGGCGGAUCGCGAGCUGCGACGGAGUCUGAUGUAUCGGAAAUGAUAUAUCUAUCCGCGGUAAUAAAAGAAGUACUAAGGUUACACCCUCCGGGCCCACUGCUCUCGUGGGCCCGUCUUGCAAUAACAGAUACAACCGUGGAUGGGUAUCACGUGCCGGCUGGGACCACCGCUAUGGUUAACAUGUGGGCCAUCACUAGAGAUCCGGAUGUUUGGUCGGACCCACUUGAAUUCAUGCCCGAAAGGUUCAUUAACGGGUCGGACUUCUCGGUGUUCGGAUCCGAUUUGAGGCUUGCACCAUUUGGGUCGGGUAGGAGGACUUGCCCCGGCAAAACAUUGGGCCUGACUACGGUCACGUUUUGGGUCGCAACGCUUUUACAUGAAUUCCGUUUUGGGCCCAUUGAUAAUAACGGGCCUGUUGACUUAUCUGAGGUUUUGAGGCUUUCUUGUGAAAUGGUCAACCCACUUACCGUUAGGGUCAGACCAAGACGUACACCCAGUAAUUGCAAUUAAAAAUUCAGAAAAUGAACACGGCAAAAUAGGAGUUUUUUUCUUCUUCUUCUUCUUUAUUUCUUAAACCUCUUCUCUAUAAAAAUUUCUAAUGUUUUGAUUUAUAGUAUUUGUAUUCGAUAUUUCGAGAGUUCAUUUGACUUUGAAUGUACAAAUGAUAUGUUUAAAUUAAACAUAAGUUUCACAUCAGACAACAUAUAUUUUAUGUACCUUGCAUGAUAUAACGUAUUUAUAAUCUUCA